GACAAGUUGGUUAUUCCAAAGACACAAAAAAAUAGUACUAUAAAGACACGAGAUAUCAAAAAUAUUAUUGAAAUAGUCAGUGAUGAGACAUUAAAUCAUUAAGUCUUCUGUAAGGAAAUAAUCGAGAUACAAAAAUGUAGCAAAUAUAUGUAUAUCUUAAAAAGAAAUAGGAGGUAGUUAAAGAUUUGACUGAGGAUGUGGGGGGAUGCCAUUUUCUAAACAAACAAACAACCAAAUAAAUAAAUCCCUAUUGUGAAUUUUCUAUUUCCUUUGAAUGAAAGCUUUGUGAUAUCAGUAUAAUGAAUAUUUUAUACAUUUGAUCAAUGUUCGAGAUUUACAGAUCAUAUCAGGAAUCAUUCAAAGCACAUUUUCAGUACAAUGAGACUGUUCUAUCUGAAAACAUGCUUGGAUUUUAUAAUGAUGUGGGCUGGGCUUAAUAGUUAACAAGGCUGCUAUAAAACUGGCAUGAAAGAGUGAUCCCAAGGACCCUGAGUACAGGAGGACUUGUCCAUUAUCUGACAGAGGACCUACAAUUGUUACUUGAACCCCUGGUAGUUAGAGCUGUCUCACAUUACUACAUAGUCAGGAUGUCUAGCUAACUAUCUAGUUCCUAUAACAGUUUCCUAAAUGGCUGGAUUUGAGCGCCUUGAUAUUUGUUUCCAUCUGCGUGGAGAGAAAAUGAUCUGUGAAAUGCGUCUUCAACAACAUUCCACUCGAGCGUCCAGUUGUCCUUGGGCGUACAAGUGUCUCGUUUCUUAUCAGCAGUGUUCUCGGUAGUGUUGAGCUCAGCGGAUUUCCUCAGUUGACGCUGUGAGUUUAAACCACUACACGUUGGGGGUCAGUGAGAGCAGGCUACUGGAAACCAGCGCUAAACCCAGAAUUAGAGGCGACAUGAGCACACGAGUCUCGUGGUUUGUUCCCGAGCGCUUUGACGCACGCAUAUAUCCCAGAACAUCGCCAAAUGGAAGCUAAAGGAUGCUGGACAGAAAUAUCUUGUUUGGGAUGAUGGGCAGCAGCAGCUGAAGCACUGGAGCAAGUCUACACUGGUACACACUGGCGCGCAUACUUUUUUCCCUAAGAAGAGGAAACCAUGUUACGGAACAAGCGUGUUUUCGGGUGCAUUUUAAUCGAAUUGGGUAGGACAAACACGUCACUGAGCGUUUCUAAAAGUUAUUGCAUGAGAUGUUUUAGAGAACACAGCAUUUGAACUGGGACUGGACUAAGAGUCCAAUCUGGCAACCCAACCUCCUCGUGCGUAUUGAACACUGCGCCUUGUGUGUGCGCUUAAUAAUCAACGAGAAGUGUGUGAGCUGUGGUAUGGGACAGUAAUGUUGUCCAGGGAAGGUAUAAUUCCUGACGAUUAUGUCCUGACCCGGUUGGCGGAGGACGUGCUGCAACCCAAAUACAAGUCGAAACAGAGGAAGUCGCGCUUCGUGUCAAAGAAAGGCGCGUGCAACGUAGCGCACACGAACAUCCGCGAACAGGGCCGCUUUCUGCAGGACGUGUUCACCACGCUGGUCGAUCUCAAAUGGCUUUACACGCUGAUUAUCUUUACCAUGUCCUUCCUGUGCACUUGGUUCCUGUUCGGCAUGAUCUGGUGGCUCAUUGCUUUCGCGCACGGCGACCUGGACACGAACGCGGACGGCUUUGUGCCGUGCGUCACCCAGAUACACUCGUUCUCUUCAGCCUUUCUGUUCUCCAUCGAAGUGCAGGUAACAAUAGGAUUCGGUGGGCGCAUGAUCACAGAGGAGUGCGUGUCUGCAGUCAUCGUGCUGAUCAUACAGAACAUCGUGGGCCUGGUGAUUAACGCGAUCAUGCUCGGUUGCAUCUUUAUGAAAACGGCGCAAGCGCGCCGCCGCGCCGAGACUCUCAUUUUCAGCAAGCACGCGGUGAUCUCGCUAAGGAACGGGAAGCUGUGCUUCAUGGUGCGUCUCGGAGACCUGCGCAAGAGCAUGAUCAUCAGUGCCACAGUGCGCAUGCAGCUGGUGCGCCGCGGGUCCACGGAGGAGGGUGAAAUCAUUCCUCUGGAACAGAUCGACAUUCAGACUGACAACCCGGUGGGCGGCAGCAGCAUCUUCCUCGUGUCGCCGCUCAUCAUCAGCCACGUGAUUGACAAGAACAGCCCAAUGUACUGUCUGUCAGCUGAAGACUUACAGCGUGAGAACAUCGAGGUGGUGGUCGUGUUGGAGGGCGUGGUGGAGACCACUGGCAUCACCACCCAGGCGCGCACAUCCUACGUGUCGGAAGAGAUCCUGUGGGGUCAGCGCUUCGUACCCACAGUAUCCGAGGAUGACGGAAUGUACGCAGUAGAUUACUCCAAAUUCGGCAACACCGUGAGGGUGCCCACGCCGUCCUGCUCUGCCCGGAAGUUGGACGAAAAUGGGGGCGUGGUUUGGUUUAAAUCUCGAGACUGUACCUCCAGCAGAGCCACCGUGCGAAGGCGAGUAAAGCGACAAGCGACCCAUGAUGUGUGAAACCUCUUCUCCUUAGGGAAAAGCCCCCCCCAUGAUAGGGCUACUACUGUACAUGCAGUACAUUUAUAUUCUAAAUUUAAUAGACCUGUGACUGAUUCUAUAUUUUCUUUAACGUGGGAAUAUUUUGUAUUGGCUUUUUAUUCUAUUCCAAUGCUGCAGUAAUGGAGUUUUGCAAUAAGUAUCUUAGCCUGUGUGAAAGCUUUACUACAUAUAGAGCAGACCCUAGCUUAACUCUUGACCUAACUGUAGAGUAAAAAUAAUCAGACAUGCACGUUUGCAUGAUAUUUAUCUCAGGGGAUCCAAAAUUCACAGAGUAAGUAGUUUGCUAUAAAUAAAUGCACAUCUGCACUGGCCUUGGCAUGCAAAUAAACUGGAUUGUUUUCAUGA